GAUUCACCUCUUAAAAGUAUUUAUACACAAUAUUGAAAUCAUUUUUAAUAAUGGGUUGAAUUCUAGUUGAUUGAUUUGGUAUAUUAGUUGAACAUGCAAAUGUUCAGGAGGGGUUUGUUUUAGUCCUGUGAAUAGAGCUAACAGAGAAAGAGAGUUAAGCUCUGUUGACAUGAACAUGCUUAGAAAUACAGUACUAACCCCUUUGGUAAAGACAAACUACAGCAACUACAGUAUUAACCCCCUUUGGUAAAGACAAACUACAGUAACUACAGUAUUAACCCCCUUUGGUAAAGACAAACUACAGCAACUACAGUACUUGCUAGCUUGCAUCAGCCUGGUUUUCUGUCUGUGAGUAUGUGGUGUGCUCUGGUGCUUAUCCUGCCUACUUUGGAGAGGGAACCAUGCUAACAGUUCUGGAGCCAGACAUCCCUGUCACUCCACCCAAAGUCAAAGUCCUUCCACCCUCCACUAAGGAGUGUGAAGAUAGAAACAAGAAGAAGAAGAAGACGUUGGUGUGUGUGGCCACCGACUUCUACCCCGACCACGUCACUGUGUUCUGGCAGUUAAAUGGAGGCGCCAACAUCACCGAUGGAGUGGGGACCGACAACACUGCCUUGAGGGAUGAAAACAGACGCUACAGUAUCACCAGCAGACUGAGAGUCCCAGCCAAGACAUGGAACACGGCCUCUAACAGAUUCACCUGCACCGUCCGCUUCUUCAAUGGGACCGAUGACGUGUAUGUUGCAGAUCACAUGAACGGAGAAGAAGGUGCUGAUGGAGGGAUGACGACAGAGUACUACGUGAAGAGCACCCAGACUGCCAAGCUGGCCUACAGCAUCUUCAUCGCUAAGAGUACCUUCUACGGCCUGGUCGUCAUGGCUCUGAUUUGGAAGUUUCAGCGCUCCUCAGAUAAACAGAUGUAAUUGAUCCCUGACCGAGACCAGGCCACCCGUGGAAGCUGAGCUCGGUGGACUGGAGGGCGUCAUGUGUGGCAUAAGGCUCUGGUGAAAAGUAGAGCACUAUAAAGUAGUGCACUAUAAAGUAGUAGAAUAGGAUGCCAUUUGGGACGAAGAACAAACCCAUUUCUGUCAUGUGAUUACAAUGUACAGUGUGCUGUCUAUUAUCUGUCACUUACUAUACAAUGUGAGGAUGUAUUUUAUCGUCCCCAAUAAACAGAAUCAUUAUUCAUGUAUUCACUGAGUGUACAAAACAUUAAGAACACCUUCCUCAUCCUCCCCCUUGAAUUUGUCGGGGCAUGGACUCUACAAGGUGUUGAAAGCAUUCCACAGGGGUGC